AUGACUUCGCAUGUUGAAAAAAUUGAAGAAGAGGAAAUAUCAAAAAUUGAGAAAGGCAAAGGCAAAGAUUGCCAUCGAGGAAUCGAAACAGUCAUUUGUACUUCUCCUACCACUGUUUGCCUCACUCAGAAGUUGAUAGCAGAGAUGAUUGGGACGUAUUUCUUAAUAUUCGCUGGAUGUGGGGUGGUGGUAGUGAAUGUGUUGUACGGUGGAACAGUGACAUUUCCAGGGAUAUGUGUUACUUGGGGUCUCAUUGUUAUGGUCAUGAUUUACUCUACAGGUCACAUUUCCGGUGCCCAUUUUAAUCCUGCCGUGACCCUCAUUUUGCCGUGUUCCGGCGGUUCCCCUGGUAUCAGGUACCAUUGUAUAUAG